AUGGGGGAGGAGUACGCCGCCGAGGCCGACCGGAUGGAGCCGGAGGUCCUCGACGCGCUGGAGGAGCUCGCGGGGGAGCUCGUCGCGGACCUGGCGGGGGUGGGGUGCGAGGUGGCGCGGGCGUGUGGGGCACAGAGGCUUGAGGGCGGGCACAUGGCGCUGCACGCGGAGCGCAAGUGGGGCAUCCAGGUUCCCGCACAGGGGCUCGGCAUGGGCGCGAACGUCGGGGCGGACGGGCUGGCGGUCGACGUGGCGCACACGGACCGGGACGCGAUGGCGGUGGCGCAGCAGGCGCAACGGGAGCGGAUUCAGCAGGCGCAGGCGGCGGCGCAGGCCACCAGAGACGCGGCGGCGCAGGCGGCGGGCAGGGCGCCGCAGUAG